GGUUUUGUUUCAACCAACCUGUUGAUUGCUUUGCGAAUGUGACUCUUUUGUUCAACUGACUGGUUGGAACUAAAUCUUGGGCUAGAUUUGCAAUUUCUGAACCUGGACUUUCCCCCUUUUUCAUUACAUCUUCUAAACCCCGAGUAUACUGUUGAUUAAUAACGUGGGAGAUAUUCCUUUUAAGAAGGUAAACGUCUAAUAAGUAACGUCACUAUAUGAGGGGAGUGGCUUAAGCGAAGGCUGAGAAUGCAGACCACGGCAGGAUUUGAUGACGUUGGGGUUCCAGUCUUUUCGAGGUGUUCUAGUGUGCGCACGUGCAUAUCAGCUUGGACUGGCACAGUGACACCAAAUUUACUUACACAACUGUCAGAAAAUCCCUCAUACCGAAAAUGCUUGCCGAUGACCAAGAUAUUAUCAUGCCAAGCAACUUUGCGUGGGGUGCAGCGACCUCAGCAUAUCAGAUUGAAGGUGGCUGGGAUGCAGAUGGCAGAGGGCCUAGCAUUUGGGACACUUUCUGCCAUAAGAAAGGGAAGGUGUUUCAGGACCAGAGCGGAGAUGUAGCAUGUGACAGCUAUCACCUCUGGGAAGAGGAUCUGAAAUGUAUACAGCAGUUGGGACUGACUCAUUACCGCCUGUCACUAUCAUGGUCCCGACUGCUGCCGGAUGGGACGACGAGACACAUCAACCAGAAAGGUGUGAGUUACUACAACCGUGUGAUCAAUGAUUUGCUGGCCAACGGCGUCUCUCCCAUGGUGACGCUCCAUCACUUUGACCUUCCGCAAGCCCUGCAGGCCCAGGGGGGCUGGCAGUCGCCACAAAUCGCAGACCUCUUCGACAGCUACGCCAAGUUCUGCUUCCAGACCUUCGGCGACCGCGUGAAGCUGUGGCUCACCAUCAACGAGCCCUACAUUUACGCCAAGCUUGGCCACGAGGACGGAUGCCACGCACCGGGGCUCGGCCAGCCUGGCGUUUCCCUAUACCUGGCGGGUCACAACAUGCUGCGGGCGCACGCCAGGGCCUGGCACAGUUACGACGCCCUCUACAGGCUGGCUCAGGGGGGACAGGUGUCUCUGGCGCUGUUCAGUGACUGGGCCGAGGCUCACGAUCCCGGCAGUGCCCUGGACGUCGCCGCUGUGGAGCGCUACAUGGCUUUUGUGCUUGGCUGGUUCGCCUGGCCCAUCUUCGUAAACGGGGACUACCCACCAGAGAUGAAGGCUCGGGUCGAAGCCGCGAGCCAAGCCCGGGGUCUGCCAUCUUCCCGGCUGCCUACGUUCUCGAAGGAGGAACCGUGCAUCCUGGGAACUGCAGACUUCUUCGCUUUAAAUUACUACACCUCCCGCCGAGUGCAGCCUGGGAGCGGCCCGGCGAAGAUUGGGUUCGAAGGUGAUCUGGAGGUGGAGCAGGACGUCGAUCCAGCCUGGCCCGUGUGUGGCAAUUCUUGGUUGGCUGUAUUCCCAGAAGGCUUACGCAAGUUGCUAAAGUACAUUAAGGACAAGUUCGGCAACCCGACAGUCUACAUCACGGAGAACGGCUUCUCCCAGGUGGGGCUGGUGGAGAUUGAGGACGCCCAACGCUGCCGCUUCCUCCGAGACACACUGCUGCAGGUCUCCAAAGCCAUCCACGAGGAAGGCGCCGACGUUAGGGGUUAUUUUGCCUGGUCCCUAUUGGACAACUUCGAGUGGGCAGAUGGGUAUCGGGUUCGAUUUGGCCUUUAUCACGUGGAUUUCGCUCAUCCCAGGCUGACACGGACGCCGUAUCGCUCUGGAAGACAGUACGCCCAGAUCAUCGCCCAGAACAAGUCGUCGGCCAGAAGCUGAGACGCAGGGAAGUGCGGGGCUGUGGUAGCAUCUCUCUGCAGGUUUCCGACGCGGAAAAAACACUCUACAAACAAUCCACACCCAGAGGCUAACUCCUGGGAAGUGAACAAAAUCAAUUAGAAUUAUAAAGCACCGAACACUUUAACAAUGAAACUUCACAUGAUUAUGUUAAAAAUGGCGUGUCAGUGCCGAGGCUUUCAAUAUCUUACCACUCUCACUUUGAAGGUAAAACAGCGUGUUGAACUUAUCUUGACUUUAGUGGAUCCCUACCCAUCCAGAGUGCGUUACACACAGCGUCGGACAUGCCGGUAUCCUGAGUGAAAGGAUUAAGAAUCCACUCUUCAAAUAAAUGCUUAUAAUUCAUCAUUAAUUACUUCGUUAAUUAAUGCUGAAAGAGAACAUGUUGAUAUCACGUACUGUGCCAAGUUUACGUGCCACCUAGCCUUCUAUAUGUGAACAAGCAUAAUUGAAACUGUGCUAACUGCAUGCUUCUAUAACAAUAAACUUAAUAUUCUACAAUGA